CCGAAAGGAAACAAGUAUUGAUUUGUAUUCUAGCAAUCGUUCUCUUUCUUUAUUGCUGUCACUUUACUUACCUAUAAUCCUAUAAAAUCCUGAGUUUAUAGCCAAUUCGUCAAUCUUAUUCAUCAAUCUUACGUAGUACCGCCAUCCCUUUACGGUGUAAGCUUCAAAGGUGAAAUCCUUAAUUUCAAGCUGUACUCUUACAUAACCGAGUAACCAUGAGGGGCAUUCAGAUUAGCGAAUACGUCAAGGGGCCAAAAGAGCUCAAGGUGACGGACCUCCCAGACCCAACACCAAAGCCGGACCAAUAUCUCAUCGAGGUCCACGCCACGGCCACCAAUUUCUUCGAUAUCCUACAGAUCCAAGGAAAAUAUCAAAACCAGCCCCCUUUUCCCUGGGUAUCCGGCGCCGAGUUCUCCGGCACCGUCCUCGCAACCCCAUCCUCGGCCACCAACCCCAAAUUCCCCAUCGGCAGCCGCGUCUUCGGCGCCAGCCAAGGCGCCUACGCGACCCUCGUCUGCGCCGCGGAGCCCGAACUCCUCCCCGUACCCCAGGGAUGGUCGUUCCUCGACGCAGCGGGGCUCUUCGUCACCGCGCCCACGAGCUACGGCGCACUAGUCCUGCGCGCCGGGAUCAAAGCCGGGGACUGGGUGCUCGUGCACGCGGCCGCAGGCGGCGUCGGGCUCGCCGCGGUGCAAGUCGCGAAAGCGUUCGGGGCGACUGUGGUCGCGACCGCGGGGUCGGCGCGGAAACUCGAGGUGGCGAAGCAGUUCGGCGCGGACCAUGUGCUGGAUUACAGGGACGCGGGGUGGCCUGACAAGGUGAAGAAACUGACGCCGAAGGGGCGCGGGGUGGAUAUCGUGUAUGAUCCCGUCGGCUUGGUGGAUAAGAGCACGAAGUGCGUUGCGUGGAAUGGAAGGAUUUUGGUGGUCGGGUUUGCGGCGGGGCAGAUUGAGAAGGUGGCUAUGAAUAAGGUGCUUUUGAAGAAUAUUAGUGUUGUGGGUAUUCAUUGGGGUGCGUAUGCGCGGUUUGAGAGGGAGGCGAUUCCCUUGGUUUGGGGCGGUAUUGGGAAGUUGAUUGCGGAGGGUAAGUUUAAGGGCACGGUGUUUAGUGAUAAGGAGUUUGUUGGUUUGGAGAGUAUUCCGGAUGCGUUGUUGGCGCUUGGGGGGAGGGAGACCUGGGGGAAAGUUGUGGUUAAGAUUCCGCAGCCUGGCGAUAGUAAGUUGUGAUUUUAUGUAGUAUCGGAUUUUAUCUGUUGUAUUUUUUUGGCCUUGGUUAGAUAUGAGAUUGGCACCUUGAUGGCCGGCGAUGGUGUAUUAAAAACGUAUUUCAUUCCAACAGAUAAAUUGAACUUUUGAGUUGAAUU